CAAAAGUCCGAACCCAAACACUUAAUUUUACCCGCUGUAACCGUAGACAUUUCUUGUAUGUCGUUUCUCCCUCUUUUCUAUUGUGUAGCGACGCAACUUGAAGCAAGGUGUCACUUCAAUUUUCCCGUGUAAAUGUUUGCCUAAGUGUUCCAGGGCUAGAUUGGGUUAGAGUUUUAGAGUACUCUUGAUUCACCGAGUCGGUAACCCGACUACGAAGUCACCAGCUUUGUGCCCAAGGCAAAUGGAGACGGCGAUGUGUUUACGGUGCUCCAUGGCAACGGCUGGAUCCGGUAGCGCGCGGGUUGGGCCAGCAGCCCUGGGGUGACUUCAUGACUUAAGACUCACCUUUACCUGAGCUUACUCUCUACGUGGUUAGCCAUGGCGACCGGUGGCUCGGUUGGAGCAUGGUUUCCCACAGGCUACCACGGACACUUCCGGAGUAAGUCAAGAAACGACUUCUUACAAGAGUUCCGGCGCAGAGCGAGACCUCAGCCUCCGAGCAAGUUCAUCACAAGGAUAAGGGAGCGGCCGACGUCACACACGUUCUCACAUCACGACAACAAAAACGCCUUCGUCAAUGAUGGCUACCAUAUAGCUACAGCGGGUUGUGGGCUGAAGAAACCCAAUAAUCCGAACCUAACGGGCUUCAAGCCGGAUUUUAUCCACUGGAUGCCGCACCGAGACGAGAUCCACCGCGACGGGCCCAACGCGUCCACGUACCGGCAGGACUUCACCAAGUCCGCGGUGCUGCUCCGGAGGGGGGCCCGGGAGGACGUCCCGCAGAUCCUGGUGGGGGGCGCGACGCGCAGGCCGAGCAGCUCCCUGUCUCAGCUGCAGACCACCACGUACAGCUUCGCGCACAGCCACGGGCAGCCCAACAGCGGGGUGCUGACGGACAUGAACACGGGCGUGAGGCUGAGGUCCGCCGGCCCGGACUACGUGUCGCACGACUACCUCAACAAGUCGGGCCGGAUCAGGAGCAGGUCCCUGAACGACGUGCCCACGGGAAAUCUCACGGGACUUCGGCGGGCGCGAGACUUGCACGUGGGGGACUGUCUGAGCUGGCACGUGCCGGAGAGACCGCCGGUAGCGGUGCAGAACGCCUGGACCCCCGCCGCCACCCCCGUAACGGUCACCGUCCAGGAACUAUCACAAACAGCUCCGGCAUAGCUAGAUAAAUUCUAGAUCGUGCUAUUAUAUCACCCUUAGCCAUGGAGACUCCAAAUGCGUGAACGUUUCUGCUGAUGUCUUUUACAUGUUUACGUAAGGACACCCCAUAGUCCGUAACGUUCACGCAUUAAUUCGGAGUCUCCACUGUAUGAUAAAUCAUUACUUGACAUGUACAUACGAGACUCAUACAGUAUAGGUGUGAAAAGAUUAUAUUGCUGUGUGUGAAAAUAAUGCUAUGUAGCAUUACGUGAUGAAAGUACAUUUCUGCGUGUACAUAUCAAUCGAAGGAUUUAGUAACUUUAAAUUGUACUUUUUUUUUAGUUUGUAUCAAACGUAGCUUUUUACGACUUUUUAAGACAAAAUAAAUCUGAGAAAUGUC